CCCUCCCCCGCGUUCCCCAGACAUCCACCGCCAACCAGAUCCGCUCGCUAGCCGCGACUUGAUGCGUAAAUGCGGCAGAUCAGGAGACCUCCCUGCCUCUGAGAAGCGGCCUUUUAACUGCCCGCGCCCCACCGCCGCUUGGCACAGCUUUUCCGCCUCCUCACUGCGCUCGCCACAGCCGUGAAACCUCUCAUCACCAUUUCGGGGUCCUGGUCCUGGCCUUGACGAGGGAGGCGUUUGCCUCCGGUCGAGAGAAUGGCAUUGUCGAGCUUCGCCCAUGGCGGCCUUGUCCGGCGAGCCGCGAGGGACUACAGCGCCGAGGAUGUCCUGGUCAUUGUCUCGUUGACUGUGGCCUUGUACAACGCCUUUGAACUGCUCAGCCUCAUCUUCAUGACCUUCAAACGACGCCACGGCCUCUACUUUUGGGCCAUUUUCCUCGCGUCAUUCGCCAUUCUUCCCUACUGCAUGGGCCGCCUGAUUGUCUACUUUGACCUCACUCACAAGUCGCUGGGCAUAACGAUUGAAUGCAUCGGCUGGGUGUUCUUGGUCUCUGGUCAAUCCGUCGUCCUAUACUCUCGCCUCCACCUGGUUCUAAACGACCACACCAUCCUCCGUGCCGUUCUGAUGAUGAUUAUCUUCAACGCCGUCGUUUGGCACCCGACGACUAUUAUUCUCACCUAUGGAUCUUACUUUAGCCCACAACCAAGCCGAGGCAACUUUGCGUCUGGAUAUAAUAUCGUCGAGCGAGUACAAAUGACCUGCUUCUGCCUCCAGGAGUUUAUCCUUUCAGGACUGUACAUCUGGAAAACUCUGGACAUCCUGAGGACUUCCCUAGGAAAUAAACGCAAAAUCAUGUGGCAUCUAUUCGUCAUAAACAUCAUCAUCGUCAUGAUGGAUAUUGGCCUUCUCGUGCUCGAAUACAUGGGCCAUUUUCACUGGCAACAGGCAGUCAAAGUCGCCUUCUACUCGGUCAAACUGAAGCUCGAAUUUGCCGUCCUCGGCGAGCUUGUUGAUUUCGUCCAGCAUCGUGGAACCAAUACCGCCCUCAACACGAGUGGGUUUGUCGAGCUCUCGAGCACUCGCACGCAAACGGGGGACAAGAGGCAGUCUACAGCCAGGCCGGAUGCGAUGCACGUCGAGGAUACGAAACCCACCGCCGUGGCCGCUGGAGCUGAUCCGAAUGCGACAAGCCAGACGAGUGAGGAAGAUGCUGCCGUCGCAGCGAGAGCAUAUCCUGGAAACGACUCGUUUGAUCAAGGCGAGGAUCAGAGUACGAACCAGAUGUAUGACAUUGCGAUUCAACAGAUAUCCAGGUCAAAGUAGUGUAUUUCAUUUUUUUAUACCCCAUUGUCUUUGGAAGUAGUCCUUGUGGAAGUA